AUGCGAGCAACCCUAGAGGUUGUUGGUGGACGCAGCGGUACUUCUGGCGGCACCGGACGAACCAGCACCGGUCUCAGUACUACAAAUAAGGUAGCCGCGAAGAUUCCCAAGAUCCGACACCACGGAAAGACUCCUGUGGUUGGCUAUGCCCCUGGCGAGAACCACGUUGGUGUCGGCGGUGUGCCCAUGCGACUGAGCGCGACUGAAGUUGAGGCUGAGAGCAGCGAAGACGAGAAUGUGCCUGGCAGCAACCGCCUUCAUCACCGUAGAACGGGGAGUAGCGGACGAAGCAGCACAGCUAGCAGCCGUCGAAACCUUGCCUACCGCACAUCCGGCGGCAUGGGUAGCCAACAUAGCCAGCACAGCCGAAGGUGGAGUCCUGGCGACACUCCUGAGCGCACUGGCAGUUUGGUGGAAGCUACACCUGAAGUUAUCGUCAACGAUGGUGCUAGCGGCAAGGCUCACAGCAUGGCGAGUGGCAGCAGUGGCGAGCGUGCCGACAACGUGGGCGAGCUGACCAGCAACGCACCCCGACUGGCUUCCAACUCACUCAUGUACUCGGCCCUCACCCGAGAGAAGAGUGUGAAGUCGGCUGAUGAGCUGAGGAGACGUGGAAGUGUCGAUGAGCGAACUUCAACCCUUAGCUCCGGCCGUCUUUUCAUCGCCAACCCCGAUUAA